AUGCAGGGACCGCGACCAGUGGUUCUGAGUGGCCCGUCGGGUGCAGGGAAGAGCACUUUGUUAAAGAAAUUGUUUAAAGAUUAUGAGAACAUCUUCGGCUUCAGCGUCUCCCAUACCACAAGGCAGCCAAGACCCGGAGAAGUGAAUGGCAAAGGCGAUAAAGCUGCUGUGCAGGCGGUUCAGGCCCAGAACCAGAUCUGCGUCCUCGAUAUCGACAUCCAGGGCGUGAAGAACAUCAAGAGGACAGACCUGAACCCCAUCUACAUCUCCGUGCAGCCUCCGUCCAUAGACAUCUUGGAAAAAAGACUACGUGACCGAAAGACUGAGACAGAAGAAAGUUUACGGAAGCGUUUGACUGCAGCCCGCGUAGAUUUGGAACUUAGUAAAGAGCCUGGCCUGUUUGACUUGGUCAUUAUUAAUGAUGAUUUAGAAAAAGCCUAUUCCGAAUUGAAGGAGACACUCCUGGAGGAAAUCAAGAAGACCCAGGAAUCCAGGAAGUCCUGAGCUGAGCCUGCUUGGACGUUUUAACUUUGCACAUCAUUCCCGAAGCACGUCACACCAUUUUAUUCCGAGAGACAUUCCCUUUAGGCUGAUCCUCCUCCCAAGUUACUCUAGGACGUUUCUAUUAAAAGGAA